GCUAACUUGGACACCAGGUGCUAUGAUCUACGAAGUUGAGAGAAGAGACAGAGGGCGCUCACUCAAUGACGUCAUCAACUAUGCCAGGUCACAGGGUCCCUUGGCGUUUCUAACAGUAGUGUCGUCCCCGGGAAUUGGAUGUCUAGUAGCUCUCAUCUUGGUGACAGAAAACCCUUUAUGGCGAGGUUGAAUCAAAUGUACGGAUGGGUCACAGACACAGAAGGGAAUAUUGAUGAAGAAUGGAUUCAAGUUGACUUUGAUAGGACCGUGGUUGUCGAUAGUAUCUAUACGCAGGGAUGUAACGAGUGCAUACAAAUACGUUGGGUAAAAUCCUACAGACUCUCAUAUCUCUCAGACAGUGAUAACUGGAAACAAUACAACCAUGUGGUCUAUGGGCAGGUCCUCCCUGGAAAUAGUGAUGCUGCUACUGUAGUGUCAACUCGCUUGAUUCCACCCAUUGUGACCCGGACUGUGAAACUACAGAUCGCUGAAAUAUAUGAUGCUGCCGGCUUGAAUAGAGGUGGCCUUCGAUUGGACAUGGCCGGUUGUGACUUUUGA